GCACGCACGAAAAGGAAACACUUUCUCCCAAUGUUAGAUGAAGAUCAAACCCGACAGACAUGAAGAUGAAGUAGUCCUUCAGAAACAAGAUAAAGCUUCUCCCUUGAUUUCUUCUUCAUCACAUCUCCCUUGAAUUUACAGCAACACUACACCAACUGUUGCUAAUAUUCUCUUUUAAUCUUUAUUCAUCGUUCAAUUUUAAACCACACACUUUUUCAUUCUUCUAUAUAUAUAUAUAUAUACACACACAGCCUCACCUACGAUUCUCAGAACGAAAACAUUUUCUUUUUGGUGAUUUUUAAAGUAAAUGAGGUGUAAGGAGCAUCUUACCGACCUCAGUAGCAGCGUCGGCGUCUGCGCCACUUGUCUCCGGGAGCUUCUUCUGGAGCUCAUCGCCGCCCGGACCCAACGGAAUCAGUUAAUUCGCGUUGCAACUACUACCGCUGCCGAUGACGAUUGCCGGAAGCAUGACCCGACGCCUCGUAAUUUCCCUCGGUCCGUUUCUCCUUACGUCGGUCGGGGGAAAUCCGACGAUGAUAGUGGCACGUGGAUCCUACAUCAACGGUUCUACAGCACCCCUCAGGUGGGUCCAACGUAUGGCUCCACGACCACCGGUUAUUUUGAAUCCGCGGGUUCGUUCAAGAAGAACAGGUUCUCGCUUUUUUCGAAUCUGUUCAGGUGCAGAUCCGAGAAGUUCGAUUUGGAUCCUAGGGUUAAUUAUCAGUGCGAUGAGCCGCCUCCGUCAUCCGCAUCGCCGUCUUGGUUCGCUACAAUAUUCGCUGUUCGUCGGAAAAAGAAGCAAUCAUCAAAGGCAUCCCGUGUGGAAGGAUUCGACCAAUUCGGCCCCGGCGAUCGGAGAUCAUGCAGAGUCAUAGAUCGCGGAAUGUCCCCGGCGGUCGAAGUUGAUUCGGGAGACGAGUGUGAUCGACCGCCAUCGGGAGGCUCGCCGGAGGCAUCCCCUCAGCGGAAAAGGACACCGACGCCAGCGAGGAGAUUCAAGGCCGGGACGAGGAACGUGUCGGGAUUAGCAUUUUGCUUUAGCCCACUCGUGUGGACGAGCCCUAACAGACACUGGAAUCAAAAGGUCGAAUUGCCGCCGGACAUGUCGUUCACCGGGGAACCUCGACCUUCGACGAUGAAGCCCCACCUGGCGACCGCCGCAGGGUUCCGCGCGAAUAGGUCCAGGAAGCUGGCUGAUUUUGGCAGAGUCAAUCAUAAUAGUUGAGUGAGUUAAAUCGUUGACAUUUGACCACAGUGAUCG